UCCCGCCGUAAAGCGUGCCAGCCGGCCGGGAAAGGCCCCGUUUUGGUUUAUGGCGGCGUGUCACACGGCUAUGGCCACCUCGGCGUCGUCCUCGUCCUCCUCGGCGGCGGGCGGUGGUUUCGGGGUGUCCGAGCUAACCCCGCCGCGGAAAGUGCUCUUCACCUCGCCCAAAGGAGCCGGCGAGCUGCUGGAAGAUGCCACUGAGAGGUUCCUUUGUGAAGCAGUUUUCAGCUAUCAGGUGGCUCACACGUUGAGGCAGGUGAAACGAGAGCAACAGUGUUCCCGGAUGGAGAAACUGGCUGGCUUAGUUGAGGAGUUGGAGGCAGAUGAAUGGCGCUACAAACCAAUCGAACAGCUGCUGGGAUUCACUCCUUCCUCUGGAUGAGCUGAGAGACUGGAUUUAGUUCUUCGAUUUGAAAGCUUUAUGCUCUUCAGCAGAUUGAAACUGGGAGAUUAAACAAAAUUAUUUUUCUCUGUUUAAAAAAAAAUGUGCACCACUGAGUGUUUUGAAUGUACAUAAUCGAUGUGGGGUUCCGUGUUCAGGGGAUUUAUUUGGGUCAUUUAAGACUUCUUAAAAAAUGAGGUAUGAAUCUGUGAACUGGACUGUUAAUAAAUUGACAUUAUUUUA